GUACUGCCCGCAUCGACCUUGACCUUCUUUCGUAUCAGUCGUGUUUUUUGUUUUUGGUUGUUUUUGUUUUUAGUUCAUUGUCAAUACUGUGUCUUCCACCGCAAUGUCUGCGUUUACUCGAUUUACGGUGGACGACCUCGAAGAUGAUGACGACCGGCUCGCCUUUCCAUCCGCUCCGAAUGGUCCGUUCCAGCCACAGUCGCAGCAGCCACCGCCUCAGCCACAGCAGCCGCAAUUUCAGAGUGGAGCGUCGCGAGCAUCUCCCGCACAACACCCGCGGACGAGCAAAACCACCACCAGCAACAGCAGCAGCAGCAGCAGCGCAAGGCCACAGUCGCACUUGUCGCUCGUGCUGGGCGACGAGGACGACGACGACGACGCCCCAUGGGGUGCCAAGCGAGCAUUAGAAGACAGCGCGCCGGCGUCGCGAAGCAGUAGUCGGAACGCACAGCCGUACUGGGCCGAAACGAGUUUGGCAGCCGCAGCAACCGGUUCCGGCCUUCACUCGCUGCGCAUCAACCGAUUUACCAACGCCGCUUCGGCUCUGUUCUACUCAAAGUACUACUUUAUCGUCUACAUGAUAGUCGUCGUGCUAUGCCUCACCUCGUUAAUCUGGAGCUUGACCGAUUCCAAAGAACAAGUUGUCGGGGUCAUUGUGAUUGAGGUGGUGAUCAACGUCAUUCUGAUCUUUGAGCUGUUUAUUCGGUUCAUGUCUUUGGGCGCAAAGGCCUACUUUGCUUCGUGGUGGAACCGUUUCGAUCUGCUCGUGCUCUUGCUUUGUGUCGGCGCACUCAUCACUUAUAUUGCGUCGACCGGCGGCGAAAACCAAAGCGAGCAAGUGGAGGACGUCGUGUCACUGGUCCUCCUGGUUAUUCGCUCUGUUUUGCAAGUGAUUCGCGUAACAUUGCUGCUACGAAGCCAAUACCGUCAACUUUCCACGCGUCGCGAAGUGGACAUUCUGCGAGUUGACCGAAAACGCACUGACAGCAUGUCAAACAUGCUCAGCACAUCUGACGAGAACUUGCACGCCAACAAUUACUUGCUCGGCGACGAAGACGACAGCGAGUAGCUUUUGUGCAGCAGCUUGUUUAUACCAACCACAUUUUCAAUUAAAAAUCUUGUUAUUUGUUUCAU